AUGUGGCCGCAGAUGCGGUACCGCUGGGAGGCCAGCGGCUGGGAGGCCGCCCUGGCGUACACGGACGCGGUGCUGUCCCUGACCAGCGUUGCGAUGUACAUCGCAACCACGUACAGCGUCCCUGGCGACGUUGGUUGGGCCCUGUCCACGGUCGACCUCGUUUUCUCCUGCUACUUUGCGCUCUACUUCCUGCUGCGCUUCUACAUGGCCGAGACCCGGGUCCGCUUCCUCUUCAGCUGGAUGACGCUGGUAGAUAUUGUCACAAUCUUGCCUGCCAUGAUCGCCUACCAUUCAAGCAGCCUGGUGGCGCUGUCGUUCCUGCGCAUCCUGCGUGUGCUGAGGGCGACAAAGCGCCUGGAGAGCGCGGUGUCGCGGGCGUCUUUCAACCUCGGGCUCACGAUGCUCUCGAUGAUGGUCGUGGCGGCAGCUCUGUUUUUGGAGGGUGAGCGAAUGGGCCCAAACAGGCACAUCACCGAGGUCAAGGCUCUAAACUUCCAUGAGGCGCUCUAUUGGGCCACCAUCACACUCACCACCGUGGGUUACGGCGACAUCAGUCCGACAUGGUGGGCUACGCAGACCAUGGUGUUAAUUGUACUGCUCAUCUCCUUCACUGCGUUGCCCUACAUGACUGGGCGGCUCGUCGACGCCAUCAACGCAGCCACAAAGUACCAGCGCGGCAGCUACUCGCGCGGCAGCGGCAGCAACGUCCCCGGGCACCUCGUGUUUUUGGGGCACCUGGAUGCCGACACCAUUGUGCGGCUCAUGGACGAGGUAUACCACAAAGAUAAAGGCUUCAACGACCGCCGCGCAAUAUUCCUGUCGCCGCACCCUCCCAGCUUUUCAACACGACGGGUGCUGAUGACGCACCAGCACGCGGCCAAGAUGAUGUACCUCCAGGGGACGCCCUUCCGGCCCCUGGACCUGGAGCGCACACAGGUGGAGUAUGCCGAAGCGGUGUUCAUAGUCUGCGACAAGUACGCGCGGGACGCCGCCUACGAGGACAGGCGCCACACGCUGGCCCUGCUGGCGGUCGGGCAGUACCUCGCGGUGGGCCUGGGGAGGGGGGCAGGGGGUGGCAAGACGGCAAGCUGGGCUAUCAAGUUGUGA